AUGACGUUCCGGCGAUUGCUGCUGCGUCCACGCCACUGCACGCGGCUCGUCCACACCACUGUGUCUGCUUCUAUUGACGCAUCUUCCUUGCCACGUAAAGGUAUUCAAUCUCGGCAUUUGGCAGUUCUCUCGUCAAAUAACGGCCAAUGCGCUGCACUCGACCGACUUUUUGACGUAUCAAAGCGCUCGUGGCGACUGCGUGCGGUUAUACAGGACGUGAAGCGCUCACUGCCUAUGGACCGAGGACGAAGAUUUUACAACCGCCGAUUGGUGGAAACUCUGGAGCAGAGCGACUACAAUCGCGCGUGGGGGAUUCUCGAGACGCUGCAUCGUCGAUAUCCAGACAAGAGCGUGCUCUGGCCGUACACGUACAACCUCAUGCUGCGUCACUAUUGCAAGCAGCAGAAGACGCUGAUGGAUGAGAACCUGACGCGCGUGUUGACGCUACUGGAUGUGAUGGUGGACUACAGCUGCGCGAAUGAGACGAGCUUCCAGGUCGCUAUGGCUGCGUGCAGUCGUGCGCGACAUUUACGCAGUGCUCGACAUGUACUGGAGAAGAUGCAGGAAGCUGGUGAAAAUCCGGAUGCGAGGAUUUAUGGUUUUUUGGUCAAUUGCUGUGCUAGGAGGCACGGGCUAGUCAAGACAGCAGAAGAGUAUUUUGAUAAAAUGCUGGAUGCAGGUAUAAAGCCGACGAGUUUAGUCGUCAAUGCUUUGUUGCGAGUGUAUGCGCGCGAUUGUGGACGGUCGAAGGUCAUGAUGAAAUUAGUGGAUCGUGCGUAUAAUGAGUUUGGUUUAGUUCCCGAUACCGUCACUACCCGAACGAUGGUGUACUACCUUUUGCGUGAAGGUGACGUCGAUGGGGCUGUGGAUUACGUACGAAACGUUGAGCGGCUUUUUGUAUGUGACGUGACUGCAAGACUGCCUGUCAAACACCAAGUUGUAAACGCGCUGAUUGAUGCUUCGCGUCAACGUGGUAAGUGGAAUCAUGCCGAUUAUGCACUCACGCUUGUGACAAGAACUGAUGUAACAGGCGUUUCGGCUGCUAGCAUUGUCGAGGACAUGCAAAAUUCAAGAAAGCUGGAGAAAUUGGUAGCAAAGCGUGACACAGCGUCAGUGCCUGUAGCCUGGGUUCAGGCUAAACAAGAUUGGUCCCAAAUGACACGACGGGAACAACAAUCGUAUUUCUUGCGUCGGAACCAAAGGGAGAGUUUUGAGCGCGCAUUGGAAAUUACGCAUUUAUGCACCACUCCGUUGAUUGCAGAUCGAGCUAUUGAGAGACUUUCUCUUAAGUUGGAGAGCAAGCUAAGGCUUCUGGAUGAACUGAUUUGUACGGGAACCGCAAGUGUAGCACACUUUAACACUGUACUAGGUGCCUGUGGGAAGCAGGGACAAUUGGCCAGCGCAGUGUCCGUCUUUACGAAGAUGAAAAGAUACGCCAAAACCACGCUAGAGUGCGCUCCAACAACUUGGAGCUACAAUGCGCUGCUCAAUGCAUACGCUGUGUGCGGCGAUGUUCGCGGAACGGAAUCAAUUGUGACCAAGAUGGUUGAGAAUGAUGUGCAACUCGACGAAGUGACUAUGAACACAAUAUUGAAGGCGCACGUAACAAAUUUGAAGAAUGAUCUGUGUGGAAAUUGGCGUACGCGUUUUGACAUCACGAUGCAAGCGCUUUCUUUUUUUGAAUGGUGUACUGAGGACCGAAAACUUGAUCCAGGAGCGGCAACGUAUUACUCGCUCUUUCGGUUAUUUGCAACAUAUUUGGAAACAUCUAGUAGAGCUGACAACGACCCGGCCGCUCGAAGUACAAGCGAAGAGAGCUGCAAUGUCAGAGAAAGGCAGGAUGAUGAACUGAUUGCGUCGAUGGGAGAGUUCAUAUCCACUACUUGUCACGAUGCACCUCUUGGGUCGCUGGAUAUUGGCGUGUUUAACAACGCGUUUAACUAUUACUGUCAACUUGGUGACGUGGACAAAUCAUUCAGACUCUUUGAUACAAUGAAGAAACGUGGGUUCCAACCUAACGAUACAACUCUUGGGUUGAUGUUUGCGACAUGUGCGAGUCAGCAACAGUUCGAGGUAGGCUUACGCUUUUUGGACUACUUAAUGACUACCGAUGGGUACAAGCCUACCCUCAAGAUACUUAGUGGCGCUAUGCAGCUCUGCGCAAACUCAAAGAAUCCGGACGGAGCAUUAGAGCUUUUUCGAGCUAUUGAAAUGUCAGGUACAUUUUCGCCCACGGUGGAGACGUACGAGCCAUUGGUGUUUGCAUAUGCUCGCGUAGGAAACGUGACUCGUGCGUGGGAGAUUGCGAACGAGAUGGAAGAGAAGCUUGGGAGAGCGUCGAUAAGUAUCCACAAUCGCAUUUUGCUGGCAUGUGUAGAGGCUGCCCUUCCUGGCCGCGCCUUGGAAGUGCUAGGUGUGAUCCGGCUGAAGGAGGGAGUGUCACUCGAUGUCAUUUCGUACAACACGGCUCUGGAAGCUUUUGUGAGGGCUGGAGAGCGGGCUGCGUGGUGGAGGAAGAAUAAAAGCAAGUGGGAGGAGGAAGACAUCUUUUGUGACGGAAAUGCAGAGUACGAUACGAAUGAAGAUGGCUGGGAUGAUGACAAAUAUGUUGAACGUGACAGUGUAGCAGAAGGACGUGCUGUCGUAAAAGCUGGCCUAGAGCGUGCCCAUUCAAUUGAUGAAUGUACUGUGAAGGCACUGUCAGCUCAAGAUCACGAGCAUGAACAGCGUGAGAAAGCUGCUUGGGUUCGUGAAAGCGUGAUGAACCUACUCGAUGAAAUGCGGCGAGAUCGAGUGAAGCCGGACAAGACAACGUUUGAGCGUGCGAUAGCCGCAUGCAGUGUAAAUCAGGACUCGGAAGGUGUGAUCUCCGUAUUUGAUACACUCAUUGAUCGCAGGUGGGGCGACAAUGCCGUUGAGUUAAAGAGUGACCUUAUGACGGAAUCUAGCUUUUCAGCCUACCUCGUUGAAUGCACCACAUUACGAGACAAAGACCGAGUACUUGAAGCUCCAACACUUCUUCACAAAUGGCACGCGGCAACGGGCCAAGUUCCACCAGUAUUCGUCGUGAUGCAGAUGUUAGACUCGCUGGAAGAUUUGGGCGAAUGGCGGCGAGCUGUUCGCAUGCUUCCUGAGUGGCAGACGUCGUUCGGUGUGGCACCUAGCGUCAGUGUAUUCAAUCGUGUCAUGCAAAUGUGCAAUCGCGCUGAAGAGUACCAGCUCGUGGCUUCAAUAUUCGCUACUAUGCAAGACACCGCGGCCUACCGCGUUCAUCCCGAUGCAGAAAGCUAUGUACAACGCAUUUAUGCCGACGAACAGAGCGAGAAUUGGGUAGCAGCCACGGACCUGUUCGUAGAGAUGCAAAAGAGAUGCCCACGCGACGAGAUUUCACGCCAUCAGCUGCAGAAAAUCGCAUUGGGCCGAUACCGAUUGCGCCAAAGCGAGACGUGA